AUGGAUGCAAGCAAGACGAAGCUCGGCGUGGACCAUCCCGACACGCUGACGAGUAUGUCCAACCUGGCAUCGACGUAUAGGAACCGGGGCCGAUGGGAGGAGGCGGAACAGCUCUUGUUGCAGGUCAUAGAGACUCGCAAGACGAAGCUCGGCGUGGACCAUCCCAACACGCUGACGAGUAUGUCCAACCUAGCAUCGACGUAUUGGAACCAGGGCCGAUGGGAGGAGGCAGAACAGCUCUUCGUGCAGGUCAUUGAGGCGAGCAAGACGAAACUCGGCGUGGACUAUCCCGACACGCUGACCAGUAUGGCUAACCUGGCAUCAACGUAUUGGAACCAGGGCCGAUGGGAGGAGGGGGAACAGCUCGAGGUGCAGGUCAUUAAGGCGAGCAAGAUAAAGCUUGGCGUGGACCAUCCCGACACGCUGACGAGUAUGGCCAACCUGGCAUCGACGUAUAGGAACCAGGGCCGAUGGGAGGAGGCGGAACAGCUCGAGGUGCAGGUCAUGGAGACUCGCAAGACGAAGCUCGGCGUGGACCAUCCCGACACGCUGACGAGUAUGGCCAACCUAGCGGUGACGUAUUGGAAUCAGGGCCGAUGGGAGGAGGCGGAACAGCUCGAGGUGCAGGUCAUGGAGACUCGCAAGACGAAGCUCGGCGUGGACCAUCCCGACACGCUGAUGAGUAUGGCCAAUCUCGCUUUUACCUGGAAAUCUUCAGGCUAUAAUACCCAAGCCCUCGAGUUACUACGAGAUUGCCUGGCCAAGCAGAAGCAAAUACUUGGGCUCAAUCAUUACGGUACCAUAUCCAGUUCUCAAACUUUACUGGAGUGGGAAACAGAGAUGUUGGAUAUUGGUAGUAGAUGA